UCCUUCGCAUACGUACUCCGGCCGUGGGCUGAACGGGCCUAGCGUCGUGUCUGUUUGCUGCUACCUCGCGCCUUGCGGUGCUCCGGCCCGUAUUAUCCUCGUCUCGUCUCGUCUCGUUUCGGUUCGCGUGUGACUCUCGCGGCUUCGCGCGUUCUUCAGUGCAGUGGUGCGGCAGUGGUGUUGUCCGACGAUACGUACUCGUGUUAACGUUUACUCCUCCUUUGCCUCCGUCGAAAGUGAGACCGACGUGACGCGAUGUCUUCAUUCAAGGACGAUAAGGCGCCGUGCGCCCGGCUCUGCCACAUCGUCAAGUGGGACGAUUUCAACGGUUACGGCUUCAAUCUGCACGCGCAGAAAGGCAAGAACGGCCAGUUCAUCGGCAAGGUGGACGAGGGAUCGCCGAGCCAGGCGGCCGGUCUUCGCCAGGGCGACCGGAUAAUCGAGGUUAACGAGAUCGACAUCGCGAACGAGACUCACAACCAGGUGGUCGAGCGCAUCAAGGCGUUCGCCAACGAGACCAAGUUGCUGGUGGUCGACCAGGAGGCCGACGAUUACUUCAGGGAGAACAACAUCGUCAUCAAGGGGACCAUGCUGAACAUCAAAGUGAUCAAGACGCCGGAGAGGAAUCCCAACAGCGUGGAGGAUCGUUCCGAUGGCAGUAACUGCUCCGUCGACGAGAACACGCAGAAGUCUAUCGACUCCAACGACACGGCGCACAGCGAUAGUACCACCGUCGCGCAGACGACGGCCGACGGCAAAGAGUCUAACAUGCGAGAAAAUGGCAACGGCAGCAUGAACCACGUGCACGGUACGGGCAACGGCACCGUGGGCGUCGGGGAUGGCGCGAACAACAGCGAACCUCGAUCCCAGGGCCUGAACUUGACGAUGAGCGCGAAGGAGCUCAGGGAGAUGCUGGCGCAGCGCAAAAAAUACGACCCGAAGAAAGAGUCGAUCGGCUUCAAGGACAAAUUCGACAUCGUGCAGAAACUGUAGACGCAUCCUCGUGCCUCUCUUGUGACGUCGGUAAUCCUUCACUCCUUUCUUCCUUUAUUUCUUCCUUCUCCAUCGUUAUCGCCGCCGGCGAGCGCUCGGCGACGAUGACGACGACGACGAUGGUUCCCUUCCUACGAUGUAAUGCAUUUUGUUGUAAUCGAUCAAAUUGUUGUCGUUAUAAUAAAAACACGAUUGUUUAGAUUAUCGUGGACACUGAGCAUUGACAUCGAUAUCGUAAUAUACAUACAUUUAUUUGCAGCGCAAAGGGUGCUGCGAAGUGUAUUCGGAUAACGAAAGGAGGUAAUGUUGUACCCUAUAUUGUUAAUUCUUAGUUUACAUUACUUAUUUGUAGUUUUUGAAGGCGAACUUACAUGUGCAAUCUCUGUCGCUUCCGCGCCGGAAGUCGACAGAUUUCGAGUCACCGGUCUAUCAACAUUUAAUAAUAGAACUAUGAAAUACGAAGAGAGUUAUUUUUAACGAAACACAAUUUACACAAUUUUGUCACUUUUUUCGUUAAUACUUUGUACAACUUAUUACAAGUUACGUGGUAGCCCGAGAAUAUAAUUUUUUUUUUGAAGUAAUAAUUUAAUCUUAAAGAUGUUCCUGUUGUAAUUAAUUACAACGCGCUUCCUGAUUAAUGAAUAAUUAAAUCUCACUCUUUCGACUUGAUUA